AUGUUCGGAGAGCUGGUGUGCGGCCCUCCGGGUAGCGGCAAGACGACAUACUGUGAGGGGAAGCGGCAGUUUUUGAGCGUGUACGACCCAACUCGACCCGUCGUUCUGCUCAAUCUGGAUCCCGCCAAUGAGGACGUGUUCCCAUACCCAUGCGAUGUCGACGUGCGGGAACUUGUCUCACAUGCGCGUGUCAUGGAGGAGGAAGGCUUGGGCCCAAAUGGCUGCUACGUGUUUUGUGCAACCGUGAUGGAGCGCAACAUGGACUGGAUCUGUCGCAAAAUUGAGGAGGCGGUGGAGCGGCGACUGCACGAUAUUGCCUCGACGGUGACCAGCCACGCAGCAUCAGGCGGGCUGUCUUCGACGCGUGCGCCGUAUCUAGUGGUGGACUGCCCCGGGCAGGUGGAGUUUUACGUGGGGUCGUCUGUCAUGCAUACACUCUUCAGAAUGCUGGCGAAGCAAUUGUCGUGCUCCCUGUGCACAGUUCACCUUGUCGAUGCCGCUGUUUCUACGCGUGACGUGGCAACGUACGUGUCAAGCUGCUUGCUGAGUAUCACAACAAUGAUUGAUCACGAGCUCCCGCACGUGAAUGUGAUGAGUAAGUGGGACAUGCUCUCCGUGGAAGAGGCGGAGGAGGGGGAGACGUUUCUGCGCGCUUCGCACUUCAUGGCGGAGGAUUUUGAUCGUUUAUGGAAGCAGCAGUUGCGAAGACGACGACGGGAGCACCGCCGGGCGCAGAUGUACCCCACAGCCUCGACGGCCAAGUCUUGCGUUGAUCCGAAACGGAGUGAAAGGGACGACGCGGAGGUGGAGGCGAUUGACCUGCAGAGGGAUGGUGGUCGUCUGUACCACUAUAGCAAGACAGUCAUGGAUGUGGUGGACGGGUACGGCCUGGUGGGGUUUCAGCCCCUGGACGUGCAGUCGCAGGAUAUGAUGCUGCGACUCACACAGCAGAUUGAUGAGGCUCUCGGUAAUUUUGUGUGA